AUGACAUGGGGAAAUAGUCCCUCAUGUUUUCUGACGAUCGCACUGCUAGUCAUCUUAUGGGAAUCAUCCGCAGCAGAAACAUCGUGUGGAAAUGAUGCUGACUGUAAUGCGCAGCUCGGCAGAGAUGAAAUGUGUGUUGAUGGUAUAUGUCGAUGCCCACCCGGUCAUACCAAUAUCCCUCAACUGAAUGAAUGUAGAGAAGAGACAUCUUUGGGCAUAGGAAGUGGCCGUAUACCAGAUAGCGGAGCAUAUUAUUUUUUGCCUAUAACUGAUCCAGAGAAGCUUCAACGCUUGCCAUUGAAAGAUUUGAGCUUCGCGGGAAGUGGCUGGGCCUUACCGCUAAAUUCUGGUGAAUAUGCAAGGCUGAGAGUUGACCUUGGUUUUACGGCAUACAUUACAUCUCUGCUUUUAGACGAUGAUGGACAAACAGAAACUUAUGCGGGGCUUAAGUUAUUCUUGGAUGAUAAACUAUACGACAAAGAUGGGGCUAUUAUAGCAGGUGGUCCACCAUAUGCAAAUUACCGCUACAAAUUAUCGACUCCCGUAAAAGCAAGAUCCAUUGCAAUCAAUGCAAUCGCAACUUCAACUACUUUUACGCUCCACCUCAAGAUGGAUGUGCUUGGAACAAUGAUGAGCGAUGUGUCAACAUCUGGAUCUAAAAUCAAAUAUACUAACUGCAAAAGUCCUCUGCUUGUAAAAUACCAAAAAUAUUUCGACGGAUCUUAUAUAACUGGACGGUUACAUUCAGAUACACCAUGGGCCAUUUCCUCAGCUACUACAAACCCAUUUAUAAACAUUGAUUUAGGUGAAGAUAAAACAAUCGUAGCUGUUGCAACCCAAGGUGGUAUUGAAACGGGGGUAGAGGGAUGGGUUACUUCAUAUUAUCUUAAGUAUAACAAAGACGGCGAAACUACAGUAAAUACGGAGACGAUAACUGGCAAUACCGAUACACAUUCGGUAGUUAUGUAUAACUUCCCGACCCCUUUCGUGGCCCGGUAUGUUUCUAUGUAUCCACAGGGACAUUCUGGUGCAACUAACUCAAAAAUUAUGUUACGAUGGGAAAUUUACACUGACUUGUGUGAAGAGGACAAUCCAUUUGAAUAUGUAAAAACUGGAGCGGUUAAUUGCCUCGGAGAUGUGGAAUCAAUUUCUACCGCCACUGUAGACGACUGCGCUGCCGUGGCCAGUGCCGUCGGGUCCAACAUAUUUGAUCACAGUGGUUUUACAUGCAAGCACGCCCUAUGUAUAUUGAAAGAUACUCAGUUUACUAGUGGUUCAGCCCUGGUCUAUGCAAGACUCGAAUCAUGUACACCUGGGUUCGAUGCAAUUGGCUCUGGUUGUUAUUUUGCAACAGACGCCACUGCAUCUUCAGUAGUGCAGGGACAUCACAGCUAUAGCCAGGGGAAGGAUGCGUGUCGUGUGGCAAAUGGGGAGCUAGCGAUUAUUGAAUCUCAAGCAGAACUGGACAUUUUAGUCAAUAUGAUCCAUACCCAAUCGUCUAAACAUCUAAUUGGGCUAACAUACGAUGGAACAAAUCUUGUAUGGGACAAUGGUGAAACCGCUGAAGCAUGGGUCACAGACAGCAUUGUGGGAGCUUCCACAGGCCCUCAUUACGUAGUUGAUCUUAGCAAUGGGGAAAUCACUUCCGUAGAUGCAACAUCAGAUACAAACCCAAUACUCUGUGAAUCAGUAUCAGCUAUACAAGGCAUGGAUGUGUCUAUAGACCUGGUAUCUUCAGGCACCACGUCAGACUUAGAUAUAGUAUUUAAAUCUGGCAAUCUUGGUGAUAUAUUCAUAAACUACGGAGAUGGAAAGAUAGAAGUCAUCAGGCUGCAUAGUUUCGUACCUGGGACGACAGUCCAACAUGAUUUUGGAAGCAUUGGAACCGGGAACUACAACGUUGCUGUUCAUGCAUACAAUAAGAGGAGUUCAGAGACUCGCUAUACAAUGGCAAUCUUUGGAGACCCACUGACAGCUGCUCAAGUGUCGGUAGUAGGUCCAGUUGUUCUGUCUGCCCCAUCUGAAUUCACCGUAUCUGCCACGACUGGAACGGGGAUAAAUGGCCUUAUCAAUUUUGGUGAUGGAAACAUGAAACAGAUCUUUGCCCAGACAACCACAGACCUCACAACGAUAUCACACACAUAUGAAUCGAUUGGGCACUACGACGUGCAUGCAUUUCUCUCGACCUCGUAUACGACCAAACAUUUUGAAAUUGUAGCAGUUGUGGAAACAGCGAUCACAGCAAUCACAUCUGUUGUUAGUGACCUUUGUGAACUCAAUGAAACGAGCACAGUAACUAUUGGAUUGGCCGCUGGGACGAAUGUUGAAUGUAGGGUUGACUACGGCGAUGGUUUUGGCUAUUUGGCAAUUUCAAAGACAACGCCGAUGAGUGAAAAUUUUACCUAUGUUUAUCCGGUAUCAGGAGACCAUUUGCAGACGACAACCUGCAAGAAUGCUGUCUCUUCGCCUCAACCAAUUUCCACUACUAUUGUGGUGAACUAUCCAAUAUUGUCGUCGGGCUUCGAAACGACCCCGGCCUUUGAUGUUGGUGCAGUUGGCCAUGUGAUCGGUAAUGAUAUUGUGAUAUCUAUAACAGUACAUCAGGGUACACGAAUACGAUAUACGUGUUUGUUAAAUGGAUCACCAAUAAAUGAAUAUCUGAAUGAAGAUCAACAGCAACCAGAAGAAUAUGCAGCUGACACCCCGGGUGAAUCGGUUGCAACAUUAACCAUACCUACAGCGGAUCUCUCCCCAGGAGAGUAUAUCGUGGAUAUUAACCUUGAUAAUGAUGUGUCUAGUGAAAAUAUAAGUGGGGAGUUUACAUUAGACACUGAAAUAUCUGGGCUUUUAUUGGCUGUUGCGAGCGAAUAUGUGCCCUAUGGAACUGAUAUUGUAGUUACUGCUGAUGUAACGGAGGGUUCGCGUGUUUCGGGCACCAUUGUUUGGGGUGAUUCAACGGCUGACACAGUGAUAAGUGACUUGAAUUCUGCAACUGGCCCGAUGUCACUUUUCGAUGUUUCCCAUUCUUACGUCCAACAAGGAAAUGGUUUGUCGGACUACCACAAUGUGGAAGUAACUAUUUCAAAUCAACAUGGUUCAGAAACUGCUACCAUAUUUGUGGGAGUUGAAUCACGUGUUCCCGAUGGAACAGUCAUGGUCAUUUCAAAUAUAACUGACAUUGGCAAUGCAGUUUUCAACCUUGACCAGACAGGCUGUGAUAUCGCAAGUAAUGCUAUUGUUCAAUGGAACUUCGAUGAUGGUUCCGCCCCUCUGAUAAUCCCAGUUGAGCCUUCCUUUUUACAAACGAAUAUACAGCACUAUUAUAGUGAUUGGGGCUACUAUGACGUGUCUGCAGAGAUCAGCAACAACGUUUCCACCAAGACGCUUAGUAGAACACUGAUGGUAGGGGUGCUGAUUGACAACUUUGCUAUAUCUGUUCUUACACCAGAUGUGAAGACUUUGGUUGAGGAUGUCGAACUCGUGAUUAAUGUAGAUGCGGGAUCCGAUAUCACUUAUGUUAUUAACUGGGGCGAUGGUGCUUCUGGUACAUCAUCAAGAGCCACCAAUACAUGGCACCUCGGUGAUACGCAAACGAUUACACAUACAUACAGUACUCCUGGUGAUAGGACAAUCACUGUAACUGCAAACAAUCACUUCGGACCGGAACUUACAGAAACAGUUGAGGUCAAUAUCGAAAAUGAAAUCCUUGAUCUUAUUAUUCAAAACGAUUCUCCCGUCUCGCAUGAUAGUACUGGAACCUUAGGAACAGUGAUAUUUACAAUUGAAGUCGAUCCGGCUUCCCCUCACCCACCUCCUUCCGAUACCACUUGUGUAUUUGAUCACGAUGAUGGAUUGGGAACACAAACGUUCGAGUUUACUACAGGAGAGACAAUACAGGGACCUCAUAGCUACACGUAUCCGAGUACCAUGCGUUUAGAUACUUCGGUCACAACUGUCACAUGCUCAAACUUGGUUUCAUCAUUUUAUCUUACAACAGUCGUAAUUCUGCAGGAACCCAUCACACAACUUGCAUGUGAAGCUGCAGAAUACUACCUAGCCACUACAGACUACGCUGCUAUUUCAACAUCUUUAGAGUCAGGAAGCCAUCUUAAUUUCGCAUUCUCGUACGGAGAUGGUAUUAUUGACGAUACUCUUUACAAGUUAGAAAUACCAAGAACUGUAGUUGGAAUAACACCUGUAGUUUGGACACACUACUAUGCUGUAGGGAACUAUACUCCGACAGUCACAGUUUCCAAUGACAUAAGCUCAAUGACGCAAACAUGUUCUAUGAUUGUUGUCCAGUAUGUUGUACCCGCGUUGACAUGGGAGGUGACUGAUCCUGUUAUUUAUCCGCCAGGAAUUAUGACUUACAUAAUCGGACUUGCUUGGG